CAGAUCUACUCCGCCGCCGCCUCCCAUGGCGCCUCCAGCCAGAAACCUUAACCCUAAUCCGAACACUAACAACCCCGAUCCUCCCUUCGACAUGGGUAUUCUCUUCGGUUCGCCUCCUACCGCUGCGCCCACGUUCCCUGCCGCCGUCGGCCCGCCGCCGCCGUUCGGCCCUUACUCCCACCCCUCGGUCAUCUCUUCCUUUCACGGCGGCCCCUACCUCCACCACCCCUCGGUCAUCUCUCCCUUUCACGGCGGCCCCUACCUCCACUACACGCAGGAUCUUCAUCCCCCUAUGCCCCACCCAGCCAUCUCCUUCCCCACGCCCCGGCCAGCCAUCUCCUUCCCCAUUCCAGAUCUAAAUGCAAACCCUAGCGCCGCCUUGCCUGGCAGCUACCUUCACUACCCGCAGGAUCUCCGAUACUUCAUACCCUGCUCAGUCAACUCCUACAGGCGAGACCGGAACCUGAGUGUUAACCUCAGAGCCGCCUUGGGCCGCCUGCAGGAUCGCCAAUCUCCCAUGGCCAGCUCAGGCAACUCCAUCCACACACUGAACCCAAACACAAACCUGAACCUGAGCGCCAACCCCAGCGCCGCCUCGCACGGCCGCUACCUUCAGAACGCGCAGGAUAUUCGACAUUCCAUGCCCCGCCCAGUAAUAUCCUCUGCCAUGCCAAACCGGAGCGACAACUCCCGCACCGUCGCAGGUGCCAAACCUGAACAGAAUAAAGGAGCACCGAACGGAAGGCAGAACAAUUCUAAUGAUGUUAUUCACCUUUCUGAUUCUGAUUCUGAUUCUGAUGAUUUUUUUGAAGAAGAGGCUCCCCCCACACACUCCAAGUCAAAUGGGAAAGCUUCAUCUGAUAGCCUAAAAACUGGUGGAAAGGCUUCAUCCUUUUCUAAUGGAGAAGGUAGCAAAGGAGGGAAGGCAUUUAGUGCUGGGAAAGGCGGGAAGGGCUCCGCAUCAAAUGCAAAGCCUGCAAUGUCUGAUGCAGAACUAAAGCUUCAGCUUGAUAUGCCUCCAAAUUCUAUAUUGUUAUCGAACUGUGAAGCAGCAGAAAUGUUGCAGAAAAUUCAAGGACAUAUGGCUAUCUUAUCAGAGGAUCCGACUAUAAAAAUUCCCGAGUCGUUUGACAAGGCCUUUCAAUAUGCAAAAGAAGGAAAUCACUUCACCUCUGCGAAGUUGGUGAAAGAAAUCCUGGAACCUCUUAAAGACUAUGGUGUUAAUGAUGGCGAGAUAUGCAUGAUAGCAAACAUUGGGCCUGAGACCAUCGAAGAGGUUUAUGCACUGAUACCGUCUCUCAAGGCUACUAGGUCGAUCAAUGAAGGCAAGAUCGUGGAGGCUCUUGCUGCCCUCGCUAACAUAAAAGCCUCCAAGUGAACCUCAGCUACACAGCUGAUCGGGCAAUGAAGGAUCCGUAACGGGGGUCUCUGUGGUGUAUGGUUGUUCACCGAAAUCGAGCUCUUUCUUUCGAGGGCCGAAAUCAAGUUGUGUGUAUGUAAACCGUGCUGUGCACCUGUGUGCCAGCUCUAGGUCUGGCUGGUUGAACUUUGACUUUUGGAAACUAGCUUGUGUCUAGCUGCCGGUUUAGCUAGUUGUUGAGGUGAUGUACUCUGAAUUGCCAAGUUAUGCCCGAUGGUCUGGCACGCCUGAACGAUGAAUAUUGUUGUUGCGGCCUGUGUGUUUCUGCAUUUGUAGUUUACUUCUCUGUGAA